AUGUCGGACGACGAAUACGGGGACGAGUACGGAGAUCAGCGCGAAGAGUACGAGGAUGGUGGAGGUGAUGAGCGCUAUGGAUAUGAAGGCUACGGAAGAGGAGAGCAAGAUGGUGGAGAUUACGGGGGAGGAGAUUACGAGUAUGGAGAAAGAGAACCGGAACCUGAAUACGAAAAUGAACCAGAACCCGAAUAUGAGGAUGAGCCGGAACCGUACAAUGACGAAGAACCUUAUGAAGACAACGAUGUCAAGGAGGAUGAGGAUGUGGAAGUGGCUGAUAAUGACAAUGAAGGUCCAGAAGUGGAAGAACAAGACACUGCAUUUUCAACCAAUGCGGAAGAAUCGGGUGGAGGAGGCGAUAGUGGUGGUGGACUGGGAAGUAUUGUAAAAGGUGCCCUCGAUGGUUUUGGUGGUUCUAAUCUCAACGACAUCAUUGGCUCUAUAAGUCAAAUAGCUGGAGGCGGAGGAGGAUUAAGCAAUAUUAUGUCAUCUGGAGGUAUGGAAUCAAUUGUGGAGAAUAUGAUUAGCGGAGCGGCACAUAGAUUCUUUGGAAUUAACCCUGAAACUGGAGCGAUUAUUGGUGCGAUAGCGGGUAACAUCAUUUUCAAUAUGGGUGGUCGCGGGAAUUCCUUGACGAGCAUUGGAAAAGUUAUACUCGACAAUAUUAUUAGUGGAAAAUACAGAAGAGAUGUUCAUCCUUUUGUGCCACCGGUUCCAACACCUGGAACUACAACGUUUGGCCUUAAUUUCUAUGAGGAAAGGGAGAAAUGUCUCGCGAAUAAGACUUUGUUCGAAGAUCCGGAAUUUCCGGCAGCAGAUCGUAGCAUCUAUUAUAAAACACCACCAGAUCAACAUAUCGAAUGGAAAAGGCCAGGACAAAUCGUCGAUGACCCGCAAUUGAUCGUAGGAGAAAAGUCUCGAUUUGAUGUUAAACAAGGUGCCUUAGGUGACUGCUGGCUUUUAGCUGCAGUUGCAAAUCUCACUCUCAGGGAUGAGUUGUUCUACCGAGUCGUACCUCCUGACCAGAGUUUCACGGAAAAUUAUGCAGGUAUCUUCCAUUUCCAAUUCUGGCGAUAUGGUAAGUGGAUCGACGUUGUGGUUGACGAUCGCCUGCCAACAGUGGAUGGACGGCUGUAUUACAUGCACUCUCAUGAGCACAAUGAAUUCUGGAGUGCACUGCUAGAGAAGGCCUAUGCCAAGCUUUAUGGUUCAUAUGAGAACCUGGAAGGAGGUACGACGGCUGAAGCUCUUGAGGAUUUCACUGGAGGUCUUACGGAAUUCUAUAAUCUGCGGAAAACAGACAAAUCUACAAUUCUCGCAAUGAUGAUCAGAGGAUUUCAGAUGGGUUCGCUCUUCGGAUGCAGUAUCGACGCUGAUCCGCAUCAAAAGGAAGCUCCGCUGGAAAACGGUCUAGUGCGAGGUCACGCAUACAGUAUCACGGCUCUACACACAGUAACAGGCCCUAAUGGGGAGACUCCAAUCAUUAGGGUUAGAAAUCCAUGGGGAAAUAGUAAGGAGUGGAACGGGGCGUGGAGUGAUGGAUCGUACGAAUGGGAUUAUGUGGAUGACCAGAAACGUUCUGAACUUGGCGUACAAUUCGCUAAAGAUGGAGAAUUUUGGAUGUCUUUCGAUGACUUCUACAUCAACUUUAUGGAAAUGGAAGUCUGUAACCUGUCAGCUGCAGUAAUGAAUGAGAUCUCUGAAAUGACUGGGGUGCAAGUCUCCGAACAUCAAGCACACCAAUGGGAAGAAGAAGCGGAGGACGGCGAAUGGAGUACAGCAAAAGGAACAGCAGGCGGAUGUGCCAACAAUCCCGAUACGUACGCUCGAAACCCACAAUACGGUACUAAUUUCACAGUGACGGAAGAUUCCGUAGAACAAGACGGGAAAUGCACAGUAAUAGUUGCAGUAUUGCAAAAAUAUCGCAGAGAGAUGAGAACUAUUGGAAAGGAUAGUUUGCCGAUUGGAUUCGCUGUUUACGAGGCUUAUGCUGGCGCAUACCAACCUGCAAGUGCUGAUGUUCUUCUCGCCCAAAAACCAACCGCCCGAACUCGUGUAUUCAUAAAUAUGAGAGAGGUGACAUGUCGUUUCCGAGUUCCUGCAGGUAGCUAUAUCAUUUUGCCGUGUACGUUCGAUCCUAACUGCGAUGGAGAGUUUUUGUUGCGGAUCUACGUGAACGGAAAGCUUCAAGCCAGUCGUCUACAAUGA